CCCAAAUACCCCAUUUUAUCCUCAGCUGAAAGCCAUAUUACUACUGUAUCAUCUCUCCAACUAUAUCUUCUUCUUCUUCUGCUUAACUGAAGUAUAACAAACAUAGAACAGGUCAAUGUUGUAUGCAGUUUCCACCCCUAAUUCUUGCAUUUCCUGUCCAAGAAGUACUCAAUUUCAACAAAGGCCUUCGGUUUCCACAAGAUUCUGUCUACGAGCUUCAUUGCCAGAUAAUGGCAAUGGAGCUGCUAAAGUAGAGUUUACCCCUUGGUUAAUUGUUGGACUGGGUAACCCAGGGAAUAAGUACCAUGGCACUAGGCACAAUGUUGGCUUUGAAAUGAUUGAUAAAAUCGCGCAAGCAGAAGGUGUUUCGAUGAACACAAUUCAAUCAAAGGCUUUGAUUGGAAUAGGUUGCAUCAAAGAUGUUCCGAUUCUGUUGGCAAAGCCCCAGGGGUAUAUGAAUUUUAGCGGGGAAUCGGUUGGAUCUCUUGCAGCAUAUUAUCAAGUACCUCUGCGCCAUAUUUUACUGAUCUAUGAUGAGAUGAGCUUACCUAAUGGUGUCCUGAGGCUUCAGCCAAAAGGAGGACAUGGCUAUCAUAAUGGUGUAAAGAGUGUGAUGCAGCAUUUGGAAAAUUGCCGAGAAUUUCCUCGACUUUGCAUAGGCAUUGGAAAUCCACCUGGUACCAUGGACAUGAGAGCAUUUCUUUUGCAAAAGUUUAGCUCAAUUGAGAGAGAACAAAUCGAUGCAGCCUUAGAGCAAGGGAUUGAGGCUGUGAGGACUCUGGCACUAGGCGGAUUCAACCAAAGUAUCACAAGAUUUAAUCUUGGACAGAAAUAUAAAUAUCACAAAGUUCAAAUCUAACAAUGGUCGUUGCACAGAGACAGUGAUUUCAGUCUAUAACUGAACCAAGAGGUUCAUUUUGCUGCGGCCUUUCUCUACAGUUGCGGUUAUCUGUAGGAGCUGAAGCAAACCAGGCAUACUAUAGAGUAGUUUAAACAGCUGUUCUUUACGUAUCUUGUAGCUUUUGAAAUUAGUUAUAUUCAGGAUGGGCAUAAGAUUGGUUCAUCUAAUACCAAAAUUAGCAAUUUCUUAGCUUAAUAUGUGCUAAAUAUUUAUAAAAUGAACCUUUCACUUGGCAAA